UCUUUAUCUUUGAAGACAAGCUUUCGCCAGAACAGUGUGGGGUUCUCUGUGGAAUUUGUUCUCAUGGGUGUCGAGUAAAGCGUCGUUUCCGAACUUCACAGGGGCUGGUGUCGUCUUCUCGGGGGGCAAAACCGCGACGACAAUUCUUAGCUUAGCUUCGAAGCUGUCAAUGUCGGUGCCGUGAUGGUCGCGUUCGAAUCUUUGCUCAGUUGGGUGUUCGUGCUGUGUGAAUUAGCUUCCACAUUGGCUCGCGUGAGUCGAAAUCGGAUGUUGUGAUUGAUCCCUCCCUGAAGUUACUGCCGUCCUUAGGGUCUAUGGAAAAGAGGAGAGGCGGAGAUUCGGCCGAUGAUCGGCCGGGUUCUCGCGGCGGCGGCGAUCGAACGAAGAGACCCGACGGUCGCGGAGUUUUUUCUGGUAGGGACGCCGCUCCUGGGAGCGAUCUCUGGAAGGAUGGGCUCAUUUGUGCUUUUGAAUUUGUUGGGGGGCGUAGAAGAUCGAGUGAUUAUUCCAAGUCCGGCUCCAAAUUGCCGAGCAGAGCGCUGACCAAAGUUGAUCACUCGAAGGCGCCGGUGGGUGCAAAUGGUGGUGUGGUUGAGGCAUUACCUCAAGCAGCGAGUAGAGGAUAUGACAGUGAGGUUGCUGCUGGUGAUGGUUAUGGCGAGAGCCUAGUUCGUGAGCAAGGCCAGUUUCCUAGUGUUGAUAGGUUGGAGGGUAGUCACUGGGUGCCAAUUGGGUGGGAAAGGAUCUCGGCUCUCACCCAAACCGUGCAAGUAGAUGCCAGUUGGACGAUGCAGCUAGAAUCGUUGGAUGGCGAUGAGGACCUCACGGCCGCGGAAAUGGCAGCUCCUUACUGGGAGAGGCCUGCAGGGCCAAUAUGGUGGUGUCAUUUCUCGGCAGGUCAUCCCGCUGUGCAAGCGUGGCUCAGUAACGCUCAGUGGUUGCAUCUGGCCGUCAGUUUGGCUCUGAGGGAUGAAGGUCGGCUCAUAAGCGAGCGGAUGAAACAUCUACUUUAUGAGGUCCCAGUUAGAGUAGCUGGAGGACUGUUAUUUGAGCUCCUUGGACAAUCAGCUGGAGAUCCAUUUGUCAAUGAGGAUGACAUCCCAAUUGUGCUACGGUCUUGGCAAGCACAGAACUUCCUGAUAACUGUACUCCACAUAAAGGGGCCCGUGAAAACCAUGAACGUGCUGGGAAUAACUGAGGUUCAGGAGCUUCUUCUUGCUGGUGGUUAUAAUGUCCCAAGAACAGUGCAUGAACUCAUAGCGCAUUUAACUUGCCGCCUUUCUCGAUGGGAUGACAGGUUAUUCCGUAAGUCAAUUUUUGGAGCAGCUGAUGAGAUUGAACUUAAGUUUAUGAACAGGAGAAACCAAGAGGACUUGAAUCUUUUUACUAUAAUUCUAAACCAAGAAAUCAGAAGGUUGUCCAGACAGGUCAUAAGAGUGAAAUGGUCACUUCAUGCAAGAGAGGAGAUCGUGUUUGAGCUGCUCCAACAUAUAAAGGGUAAUACGACUAGAAUUUUGUUGGAGGGAAUUAACAAUAGCACUAGGCAAAUGAUCGACGAGCAAGAAGCUGUCCGUGGUCGCUUGUUCACCAUUCAAGACGUGAUGCAGAGCACUGUCCGUGCAUGGUUGCAGGAUAGAAGCCUUAAAGUAACUCAUAAUUUGGCUGUUUUUGGAGGCUGUGGGGUUGUUCUUACGAUCAUAACCGGCCUUUUUGGUAUUAAUGUCGAUGGGAUCCCUGGAGGAAGCAACACACCAUAUGCAUUCGGUCUGUUUUCAGCCAUUGUUGUCUUUUUGGGGAUUGUGUUGAUUGCAGUUGGCUUGAUUUACCUUGGGUUGAAAGCACCAGUGACGGAGGAGCAAGUUGAAGUCAGGAAGUUGGAGUUACAAGAGUUGGUAAAGAUGUUCCAGCACGAGGCGGAAACACAUGCUCAAGUGCGUAAACCGCUUUCUCGAAGUAACUUGACACCCACAGCUGGAGACAUCUUGCCCGGCGAUGCUGAUUAUGUAGUCAUCCACGAAAGUUAACAAAUACGGUUUCGUCACGGAGUACAUCUGGACGAGUCAGGGUGGCUUAGGACAAUUUAAACAUGAGUACUGAAAACUGUAUUCUGAAGUUAGAGAGAAGGAAUGAGAUGCCGUGCAGCAGUAAGGUUGGCAAAGAUGGAAGCCCCAGAUGAAGGCACAGACUAGAGAAUGUAUAAACUUAUCCUUCCUCUUGCUUGGAUAAACACACAGCUAAUGUACGACGCCCAUCUAUCGUCGGCCUACGAAUUGCAGAAGAAGAGGGCGAAACUUAACUCGCCUGUUUAGGUUGUGAUUUCCUUGGGAGGAUUCCUUUUCUUGAAAGCACAACGAGGAUGGUUCAUUUCAUUGUCCUAACUUGGUAAGACAGAUGGUCUGUUACUGUCUUCAUUAUCAGUAACAUUGUAAGAACUAUGGACACACAACUUCUUUAAGGUAGAUAAUGUAUUAGUUUGAGACUUCGAACUGAAGAAUGAGUCCAGAAAUGACUCUAUAAAAUUGCACUAUUACUAUGUCGAAUGAGAGUUGGCAAUUUCAGA